AUUCCUUCUGUAAGUCUGUAUUCCAUUCACGCAAGCCAAACCCAAGUACCCAACCAUCUUCAACUUCUUCUUCUCUCUCUCUCUCUCUCUCUCUCUCUCUUCGCCGGAAUUUCCUUCCGAUUCCGAGCUUCACUUCCGACGGACCUCACAAAUUUACAAGUUUAGAUUACGAUUCUUUGUGGUCCUGAGCUGUGUGAUCGGGGUUUAAGACUGUAGUAGGAUAUAAAGGUGAUUAGUUGUGGCGUUCGUAACUGAUGAUUGGAUGGAUAAAAAGAGGCAUAUUGCGAUUUUUACCACUGCAAGCCUUCCAUGGAUGACCGGAACUGCUGUCAACCCUUUGUUCCGUGCAGCGUAUCUUGCAAAAGAUGGGGAGAGGAUUGUUAGUUUGGUCAUUCCUUGGUUAUCUUUGAAAGAUCAAAAACUGGUGUAUCCUAACAACAUCACAUUUAGCUCACCGGCAGGGCAAGAGGCUUAUAUCCGUCACUGGCUUCAUGAGAGGACUGGAUUUCAAUCUGAUUUCAGUAUACUUUUUUAUCCUGGAAAGUUUUCCUUAGACAAAAGGAGCAUUCUUGCUGUCGGAGAUAUUUCUGAGAUAAUUCCUGAUGAAAAGGCAGAUAUUGCUAUCCUUGAGGAGCCUGAGCACCUCACGUGGUAUCAUCAUGGGAAGAGAUGGAAAAUUAAAUUCGGGCUGGUUAUAGGAAUUAUCCACACCAAUUAUUUGGAAUAUGUGAGGAGGGAGAAGAAUGGAAGAAUGCAAGCAUUUCUUCUAAAAUAUGUUAAUAAUUGGGUUGUCAGUAUAUACUGUCACAAGGUAAUCAGAUUAUCUGCUGCCACCCAGGAGUAUCCUCAAUCGAUCAUUUGCAAUGUUCAUGGUGUCAACCCCAAGUUUCUGGAAAUAGGCAAGAAAAAGCUAGAGCAGCAACAAAAUGGAAGCCAAGCCUUCAGCAAAGGUGCCUACUACAUUGGGAAAAUGGUGUGGAGUAAAGGCUACAAGGAGCUGCUCAAACUUCUUCAAGACCAUCAAAAGGAAUUAGCUGGACUUGAGGUUGAUUUAUAUGGAGCUGGGGAAGACUCUGAUCAAGUUCGGGAAGCUGCUGAAAAAUUGGAACUGGCUGUUAGAGUCCAUCCUGGGCGUGAUCAUGCUGAUCUUGAAUUUCAUGAUUAUAAAGUGUUCCUGAAUCCAAGCACCACAGAUGUGGUUUGCACGACCACAGCAGAAGCAUUGGCAAUGGGUAAAAUUGUUGUGUGCGCCAAUCACCCCUCGAAUGACUUCUUCAAGCAGUUCCCAAAUUGCCGAACAUAUGACAAUGGAGAUGGGUUUGUCAAGCUCACACAGCAAGCACUGGCUGAACAGCCUGCCCAGCUUACUGAGGCACAAAGGUAUGAGCUUUCAUGGGCGGCUGCCACCGAACGGUUUUUAAGGUGUGCUGAGCUAGAAAAGGCAUCGACAGCAAAACUGUCAGAAUCUCCCUCAAAAAACUUUAUGUCUACGUCAUUGAACUUGGGGGGUAAGAUGGAAACUGCAUCUGCAUAUGUGCACCAUGUGGCAUCUGGUUUUGAAGCAACGCGGAGGAUUUUUGGUGCGAUCCCAAGGAGUUUGCAACCAGAUGAAGAGCAAUGCAAGGAGCUUGGGCUGGCUGUUCCUGCUGGCAAGCAAGGCUUCGGAAAAUGAAGUUGUCAGCUUCUCUUGUGAAAAUGUGAAAUAUUUGGGUGGUCCUUUACCAUCAAUUGCAGGACAUCGUUAUUUGGCUACUGGAGUAUUCCAAUUAAAUGUUGUAAAGGAUAUAUAUUUCCUGAUAUUGACAAUUGGAUAGGAAAAAUAUAAUGAAUGAUUUGUUAAUGCCAUCGAGACGAGUCAAAUAUUUAAUAUUGUCUCACAGAUGUAGAACAGAAUUAAACGACGGACGUCAUUGGAAUUUGUAAUUAUCAUUGCAAUGUACAUAUUGUCAUAUACACUGUUGUUAUGGAUUAA